AUGUCACCAGUCGUCCCAUUAGCAGUCGCGACCCUCCUCAGUCUCCACGGCCUGCGCUCGGGCUCGCUCUCGCCAUCAGGCGCAGCGACCGCGUUUCUCGUCGGGUUCACCGUCUUCGCCGCCCCCGUGCGCGCGUUCGGCGUCUCACUCAUCGUCUUCUACCUGGUCGGCAGCCGCGCUACGAAAUAUGGCAAACAGCGUAAAGCGAGGCUCGAAGACGGCUACCUCGCCGCGGGCUACCGCUCGGGCUGGCAAGUGCUCAGCAACGCCCUCGUCGUUCUCACCGCAAGCGUCGCAUGGGGCGUCACCUUCGCGCCUCACGUCGUCCCCUUCUCCUUCCUGCACCGCAUAUAUCCCGUCUCGCAGCAGAGCGUGCCAUACGACGACGCGAACGCCCAACUCGCCUGCUCUCUGGGCGACACGCUCGCGUCCGAGCUCGGCAUCCUCUCCUCCCUCCCCCCGAUCCUCAUCACGACCCUCAAGCCCGUGCCCCCGGGUACCAACGGUGGCGUCUCCCUCGGCGGCACGCUCGCCUCCCUGUCAGGCGGACUCAUCAUGGGCCUAACAAUGUUCCUCACGCUCGCGAGAGAAAACGCGGCUUGCCGGUCCGAGUGGAACGAGAUUCUGCUGCCCCUAUUGGGCUGGGGCACUCUAGCUGGCGGACUGGGCUCUCUGCUCGACUCCUUCCUCGGUGCAACAGUCCAGUGCACGCGCUACUCGCGCGGACGCAAGCUCAUCAUGCAAGACGGCUACGCGCCUAGCUCGAGCGCCGAGCUCGAGGUCAUCAGCGGCGUAGAUCUGCUGACGAACAACCAGGUGGGUUUUGCAUGGCUAAUAUAA